AUGGCGAGCUCACAUUCAAUCUCAUCAGAGGGCAAGUCGGCAUCGAGGCCAAUAUCGAGGACUUCCACCUGUCGACGACCGAAGUUGAUGCGCUCCAGCGCGACUGCACCCUCCCUGGCCACAUCGAACGCCUGCCGCAGCGACCUUGCCUACCUCCAUCCAUCGUCAAGGGCGACAGCGAUACUCAGCCGGGUUGCCUCUUCAUCACCGCCGAGGACAGACGCCGUGAGCCUGUCGUCGUCACAAGAUAGCUGUCGCCGCUCUGUGAGCCCAAGACGAACAGUAUCGGAUCACGGCUUCUCAAAUACGGUAGAGGAGCAGAAGGAGAGCAUGUACACAUCACAAUGCCUCUAUUUCAGCUUCCCGAAUUUCGAAGACUUCCACGAGGACCCGGAUGAUGGCGGUGAAGAACUCGGAAAUUGA